AUGUUGAAUCAAUUGAUUUUUGCAUCGAUUUUUUGGUCAGGAAGUUUUGCAAAUUAUCAUCAUAAUGAUGAGGUUUCUUGUCAGGUUGGUUGGAUUUUCAAAAUAAAAUUCAUUAAAAAAUUAAUUUCAGCGACAUCGCGGUGGGGAACCUUUGGCAGUUGGACUUUUAUAUGUGAAUCAAUCGAAUUAUCCGAACCCAUCACCAGCUUUCGACAAAGCUUGGGAAGAUGUUAGAAAUCGAUCUUGUUAUUUGGAAAAAUAUAGUUUGGCUAAAUUGCAAAAAGAUACAGAGGUGAGUAAGGGAAAUUUCUGACGAGUUUGAGGUUUUUGGCAAGCUUGAAGUUAAGCUGAUUUUUUGAAGUUAAGUCAAGUAAUGUCAAAAUAAGAACUGAACAUAAAGUUCUAGACUUGAUUGUAACCUAAAGUCCUAAACUCAAAAUCAGUUACCUAACCAUUUUCUAUCGGGUAUCAAAACAAUUCGAGUAAAUUUCUGAAACUCGAAAAAAAGUUCCAAAUUUUUCGAACCACAGUAUUUUCACUGAACAUGGUUCGAAAAUUUGAAUUUUUCUUGAGUUGCAGAGAACUUAUUCAUUCUCUACUUCUUUAAAGGAACAUGUAUCAAUCAUAAAAAUGAUAUAAAUAUUUUUUCCUCCCGAAAACAGCAUUUUUCCCAUCCAACGUAAAUUCAAUUUUAUUCUUCUUCUUCUUCUUUUUCUCUUCUUCUUCUUCUAACUUUAUUUCGUCGUGCUCGACCAGCCAAAAAAGAAACAUCCAUAAAAAAUUUUCGUCCGUUUUUUCUCAAAAAUGAGCAAAAAAAAGAGAAGAAAAAGUUUGUCAGGUUGGCGACUCGCAUGACUGAACUUUUUGAAAUGCGCAAAGAAUUGCAAAUAUUUAUAAGGGUUUUUCUGGAACCAUCAAAAGAGGAAGACAGGAUUGGGGGAAAUUAGAGUUUGAAAAACAAAAAAUAAAUUAUUUUUUACAGUGUAAGGCUUCGCUGGGAAUGAAAGCAUUAUUCGACUUGAUUCAUUCAAAUCCUAAACCAGUUGCAAUUUUGGGUGGACAAUGUACAGAAGUGAAUGAACCAUUGGCAAUGGCUUCAAAAUAUUUCAAAAUUGUACAAUUGAGCUACGCCGAAACUCAUGCAAAGUUUUCAUCUUCGGAUUCACAGGAGGUUUGUUUUGGAUUCGGAAUAAAAAACUGGUUUUAAAAAUCUUUUUUUCGUUCAAAAAACUUCAAUGAAAUUUUCUGAUCAAAAAUAAUCCACGAGAUAAUUACACUUUUUUCUUUUUUUUUCUUCCGAUUUUCGAACUAUGUAUGAACAACCAACUAAAAAAUGAAUUUCUCUUUUUUUGCUGAGCUGCUGGGAAAAUUGCCUCCGGCCAGAAAAUUUAGUUUUUUUUCUCAACAUAGAAUUUCAAAAAAAUAGGGGAAUCUUAUUUAUUUAUUUUCAAAACAAUCUAAUCUGAACAUGAUUUUUUCAGCUUUUCCCCACAUUUUUCCGAAUGGUUCCUGGAAAUCGAAACACGAAUCAAGCAAAAAUCAAAUUUUUACAACAUUUUAAUUGGAAACGUGUUGGAACUGUUAAACAAAAUGAUCAUCCAAGAUAUGCACUGGUUAGUUUAUUUUGUUGAAAACUUGGACGAAAUUUUCAAAAAACCCAAUUUUUGGGCCAUAUUUUUAAUCCAAAGCGACAUAUUAAUACCCAUAAAUCAUAAAGACAUAUAUUUUUUGUUGUUGGAAACAAAACAAAAAAUCUGGCGGAGAAUUAUUCAUUUUUCGCGGCACUGACACGAUUGGAGGAUGAAAAUUUAUUGAGAAGCUGCGCAAUUUAUGAGGGAACGUUUUUUUUCGAAAUGAGAUCAAAAAUUGAUGAACAUUUAUUUUCACAAAAUGAUAGGAUUAGAACGAACCACAAUUAUGGGGCUUUAAAGUUCUAACCUUAAACUUUGAUUUUCAAAAAACGUUCUUCUCCCAAACUUCAUUUUUUCAGCCACAUGAAACCCUAACAAAUCGACUUGUCAACAAUGGUUUAUCAAUUGUUCGAACUGUCGGAGUAAAUCGAGAACAAAUUUCAAGCAUUGGUGACGAAUUGAAUGAGUUAAAGGUAGGCCACGCCCACUUUUCCGGUUUUUUUUCUGAUUUCGGAGAAAGUCGUUUGUGUUUGUGUCACUAGAAAACAAGAAGACAUGAAUAAUGAGAUGUCGCACAGCAGAUAAGACUCUCUUGGGGAAUCUUUUCGCGACACACACACAAUAAAAUCUCGGGCUCUUUUUUUCGGAAUCAGGGAGCAGGGCGAAAGGAAGGGGAAAUGAUUUGAUUUCAAACACCAAAAUUUUUAUUGUUGAAACUUCACCGGUUUUUGACUGAAAAAUCAAGUCCUGCUCCCGAGAUAAUCUUCAAAAAAAAUUUUCAUAUUUUAGAACGAUGAUGCUCGAAUUAUAAUCAUGGAUGCUGACGCAGAAAUGGCAACUACAGUACUCUGCGCUGCUUAUCUUCGUGGAAUGACUGGAUCGAAUUAUGUUUGGAUUUUACCUGGAUAUCAUUCUUCAACUUGGUUCAACACAAAUGUGACAACAAAUUGUACAGAUAGUGAAUUGGAAGCCGCGCUCAAACAUCAUUUCAUAUUUCAAUUUGCUUUGGCAAGACAAGAUGUCGAGACGAAAAUUGUUGGAAAUACGGUGAGAUUCUUGGGAAAAUGGAGUCAUUUUGAAAUCAAACUGUAGAGAAUUAUUCGAAAAAAAAAGAAAAAAGCUAGCGAUUUUAAAAAAAAUCUACUCUUUGUCUCUGAAAACUUAGCUACAGUAACCGAACAACAUUUCUAAUUAUUUAUUCUUCCAGUAUGCUGGAUUUGUUUGGGAUGAAAUUUCGGCCAACGACGCUCAUAACAAAUUCCGCGGUUAUGUUUAUGAUGGAGUUUGGGCUCUCGCACGCGCUCUUACUCAUUCUUUCAAUGAAGACAAAGAGUUCUCCCAUGAAAAAAUGCUCGACAAUAUUAUCAAUUUAGAUAUGCAGGGGGUUACGGUAAGUUCUCUAAGUUUUUUUAGCAUUAUCCAAUGUUAUUCUUAAGGGUCGAGUCAAAUUUUUGAAUAACGAACGACUUGGUUUGGUGGAGAUAUUACAGUGGAGCGGAGAAGAAUAUAUUUCUGUUGGAAUGUUUGAUGGAACUAAUGAGAAACUUGAAAUUAAGGAGGUUUUGAAUUCGACUGGAUGGACAAGACCACAGGAUUCGACAAUUCGAGCAGAUCGACAUGAAUAUAUUUCGAGUUUUUUGUUUUUGGCAAUGAGUUUGUUGGCGAUGAUUGGGAUUACAUUGGCACUUAUAUUUUUGUUGAUCAAUUUUAGAUAUCGGAAUCAUAGGUGGGUGCAUAUUUUGGGCAGAUUUUUCAAACAUUUCAUUCUUAAAUACAAUGUUUUCAGAUUUAUCAAAAUGUCAUCUCCAAAUCUCAAUAAUAUCAUAAUUGCUGGUUCAAUCUUUACAUUUGUCUCAGUUAUUCUUCUUGGAAUUGAUACUCGUCUUGUUGAUCCUGAAAACUAUGUUCGAAUUUGUUAUCUCAAAACAUGGACUCUUUGUUUGGGAUUCACGUUGGCAUUUGGUGCAAUGUUUUCGAAAACUUGGCGAGUUCACUCAAUUUUCACAAAUAUUCGAAUGGAUCGAAAAGCAAUCAAAGACUCCAAAUUAUUCAUGAUUUUGGGAGCAUUAUUAUUGAUCGAUAUUGUUGUUCUAUUUUUCUGGGCAAUUUUGUCACCAUUCAGUAUGAAUACUGUCAAAUUACCUGAUAUUCAUGAAGACAAUACUGUAAUUACUCCAAAAAUUGAGACUUGUGCAUCGAAAAAUUCGGCAGUGUUUCAAGCGAUUCUCUAUGCGGUUAAAGGAAUUGUUAUGGUAAGUUGGAGAUUAAUAUGAGCAAUAAAAUACAUUUUUUUUACAGAUUCUUGGAUGUUUUCUCGCUUGGGAAACACGUCACGUUAAUGUUCCAGCAUUGAAUGAUAGUAAAUAUAUUGGAACAAGUGUUUAUUGUGUUGUUGUUAUGAGUGUUUUGGGAUUAUCAACAUCUGUAAUUCUGCAGGUAUGAAAAAUAAUUAUUUGGAAUUUGUUUGGGAUAAAAAUAGAAAAUCUAAAAUUUAUUUUCUUUCCCAACUUUCGCAAAAUCUUUUUCCAGGACCGAGUCAAUGAAAUGUUUGCACUUGCUUCAUUUUUCGUUAUAUUCUCAACAACUCUCACUUUAUGCCUCGUUUUUGUCCCAAAAGUUAUUGAAUUGGCAAGAAAUCCGAUCGGAAAUGAGCCAAGAGCAUAUCGACGUGGAUUAAUGAAAAGUGUUGUGGCAAAAACAUCACAACCAAUGUCACCAGCUGCGAGGUUCGGACUUUUUAGGGUUUGGAAAAAAGUUUGGUGAGGGAAAUACAACUUGAAGUUCAAAAUUCACCGCUAAUUUUUUCAAUAACAAAAAAUUCAAAAUUUCGAAGUGAACUCAUCAUUAUUUUUGUAUCAAAAUUUGAACUUUUACCAAAUUUUUUCUAGUUCAAAAAUGCUCUCAUUUCCUAAUAUUUCAGUGAUAUGUGUAGUGGUGAUGUUUUGAUGAAAGCUGAAAAUGAAAACACAGUUCGUCGUCGAUAUCUUCAUCAAAAAUCGAGUCAACUUUGGGAUCUCGUAGAAAAACUAAAAGCAAAAGGAGAUCAUCAAUUUUUGCAACAAGGUUAG